UUUGGCCUGUGAACGUCGUCGCCGCGCUGCUAAAUUUUCCCACAUUUUCCGAGAUUUUUCCCCCUCAUUGGUGUGAGUGUGCGGCGUGUGUGUGUGUGUGCGCGUGCAAAGGCGCCAAGUUUUCGGUGAGACUUUAACCACCAGUAAACAACAACAGAACCGCAUAGAGACAUCCACCAACAAAAAAAAAAGGACGAGUAAACCAAACCAAAAAACCAACAGAAAAAAAAGGAAAAGUCAAACAGAGCCGCCGGCCUUGGGAAGUUGUCACAAAAACCGCAAUCAAAAAUAGUAAACAAACUCGGGGAAUUCGAUAAAAAUCAACAAGGGAAGACGACGCCGUUAAGUAGGCAACAAACCAGCUGCUGGCCAACAUGGAAAUGGACGUUAAUCGCCCGACUGGCCGCCAUGGCAACCUAAUGACCAUAUCCGCCCGCUGCUCUAACAACAACUCGGGCCCGGCCACAACAGGAAACGGUGCCAUAACCGGAUGUGAGCCCAGUUCCGGUGCGUUGCCGCCCAGCGGCUGCUGCGGCAUCUUGAGCCGCCUGUUUUGCGUGAGUCGGCACAAGGCCACCCAGUCGGUGGCGGGCAGUGAUUUGCCCCUGGGACAAAUGCAACUGCAGCAGCGCAAAGGUGCAACAUCCGGCUGUGCAGCGGUUUCCGGACAGCGAAGGCGACGCACGCCACAGGAAAUCUACUUCGAAAGUCGCGGCAAGUCCUGCAAGAAGCUAUUGAAAUUCAAUGGUAAUUCCAACAAGAUAUUGCUGUAUCCGGAGGAGGGUUGGGCGCGAACCGCCUCAUCCAGUUACUGGACCAUCACGCCCUGCUGGUGGCAACCGAAUCGCUGUCGCAUCGUCGAGUGCUCCGGCACCCAGCGGCGUGCAACGAAGGCCAGGAUGCUGCCGCUGGAGCAACAGGGCUCGCUACUGAUUGCCGGACACUUUCGCCGGACGACGCCGGCACCGGGUGCUGGAGCAGGAGCCCCGGGGGCGACGGGAGUGGGUUCUGGGAGCCUAGCUGCACCUACACCCACGCCGGCGACACCUGCAACAACGGCCGCAGCCGCAGCUGCUGCAAUCCGGACGCGAGCAAUGGGCAGUGGUUGUGACAAGUCAUUGGCGGCCGCGUGGAACGACGAGUUCAAGCUGUAUCUGACAUCAAACAUCUCGAUGGAGGACUACAACAUGGGCUACUGUCUCACCGGGUUCGUGGAGCGUCGCUGCCAGGUGACAAACACCUUUCAGAUGACCCACUUUGCCGUCAUCAAGCGGCAGUGGCCACCGUCGCCGUCCAAUCUGAGCAACUCGUAAGGCUCUCCCUACCCUCACACCCCAAACUUUUGUAUAUGUGAUCCGAUCUAUUGUUUCAAAUUGGAAACAAAAACAAAAAAUAUUUGUAAUUAAGGGUCUUUUUCGGUUUUUACUUUUGAGGGAAUUUAUCAACAUUUAAUUUAUUGUCAAGAAAAAACUUUUAAAAUUAUUUCUGAAAGCAACAAACUUCUCAAAGGUUUUGAAAUCAUUUUAAUAAAUUUAAAUUUUAAUAGUUAAUACCUGAAACACUUUUCAGUUGAAUAAAAUAGUUUAUCUUGAAUCUUAUUUUAAAGUAAAUUUCAAUGAAAAAAAAAUCCCUUGAAAGUAAUAACUGAUAAAGACCCAAUAGAUACUAUUUAAGUUCUUAGAUUCUAAGUAGAGCGAAAUUUUUGUUGUGCAAUCUUGAACUAAAAUCAAAAGAAUUUUGGAAAGUCUAUAAGAAGAUGUACCAUAACACUGCUAGAUCUUAAAUGUUAACAUCUUAUUGACACAAAAGGUCUUUAGCCGACAGUUUACAAACAAAUUCUGUGCAUGUUUAGUGCGUAAAUUGUAAGUUUAACUAAAAGUUAAAGAGAAAUUCGAAAAAAAAAAGAAAUUAAAAAAGAAAACAAGAACUAGGAAACCAAAACAAAAACUUUACGUGUGCUUUCAGUGUUGUGUAAUAUGAAAAACGGAAACGAAUAAAAGAAAAACAAAGUACUAGUAACUGUUAAAUGCUAAAUGCAGCUAAACCGCUUUUCCAACUCGAACAUACACACACACACACUCACAUACCGAGGCACUCACACACUCGCACACUUAAGCUCGGGCGGCUACUUAAUGCUUCAAAAAAGUGCAACAAAUUGAAACUUGUGCUUGUCGAAGCAUGUGAUUGUGAGUGCUCCGCUAUAAGCGGCUAUACUACUACAUUCCCAUGAGAGAGUGUGUGUGUGUGUGCGAGCUGGUGCUCUCUUCUACUACAUACAAAUAUGUACUUUAACGGCCAUGUUUGCGAAACCUAUUGCCUUUAAGCUUUAAAAUAUAAGCACAACUCAGCGCAGGCAAGCACAAGUCAACAGCUUCGAGCGCUGGCCAUUGCCACUAAACGUUCUUCAAGUUGUGAAGUGAGAAACAGUUUGAGAACAAUUUAAAAUUUAAAUCAAUUAUUCAACAAGCUGUUUAGCAACAACAAUACUUGUUAGUUUUCAACUAGAGACUUAUUUAAAGAGCAGUUUUAAUAGUUUCCGCUAGUUUUCCCUUUUCCGUUUAAGGAUCUGCAGGUAGCAGGGUCACACCAAGCCUUGAAUAUGUUUCAGAUAUGAGCUUGGUCACACUUCUUUAGCCUUUUUAAUGUAUAAUUUCGGUUUCUUUUGUUUAUUUUGUAACAAAAAAAACCCGAAAACCGUUUAGUGGCAGCGACCAUAAAGCUAUCUUGUCCAAAUCUGAGAUUGCCUCGCCAACUCUAAUGCUAAUCUAGGGAACUAAGCCACUUAAGCCCUCUAUCUCUCUCACACUAACUCACCCACUGACCCCCCCCCCACUGACCCCACUCACUCAUGCUACGGCUCUGUCCCUCUCAUUCACUCUCUUUGAGCAUGAUACGCAACGUAUAUCAACAAUUCGUCCAAUAAUUGGAGUCUUUCGGCGCCACAAAUUGCCAAGUGUCGAUGUUGGCAAGGCCGAAGCUCCAAUUGCCAAAAACCCUAAGUGUUAAAAAAGAAUGAAGCCAAAACGUAAGGAAAACCAAAGCUACAUAAGUCGAAACUCAACGUAGGAUAAGUGAUAGUUUGAAAAUCAAUAUUUACAAGCUAGAAUAUGAAUCUAUAUAUAUAUAUAUGAAAAUCUAUAUAUUUGUGUGUAGGCUGAACAUUUUUGCGUAUAUAUGCUAUAUAUAUAUCGGUGUAUUUAUAUAAAUGUAUUGCGAAUACACGUAUACAAUAACAUUUUUGCUGUAGUUCGCAUAGCUCGCUUUUAGGCGCUUUUACACGCAAGCGAAUAAGGCAGACAUCCUCUUGAAUCCUUUUUUUUUGCUUCAGACCGAUCCCCCCUGCCACUUUACUCCUAAACUAAUUGAUAUUUAAGUAUCAGGUACCUGCCAGAAUCAACAACAACAACCAGAAAAACCAAAUAAACAAGUUUAAAUAAAAAUAUAAAUAAAUAUUUAUUGAGCCAUUAUGUCUGUGCAAAUAUUUGUGUCCAUUUUGAUUAGAAUACGAGCAAAUAAAAACCAUUACAAAGCGUCAUUAUUUUUAUUUUAGAUAAACACAGAACAAUCCGAAUAUUCAACACACACUUGAUGUCGUCUCCCUGAAUUGUAUAAAUGUUUAAAAUUAGUGUGAGAUUCCCCCUCUCUAACUCUCUCUGUGUGUGUAGCAAAUUUUUCUGCGCCUCUGCUUAAAAUAAACAAACAACAGACACGAGUUCAGCUUCAAGCCGAAUGUACAACACUUUAAAACAAAUUGAACAAAAGUCACGCAAUGAGCUUUUUUGUAGUCAAAAUCAAUGAAAUUUCUAUAAAAACAAAAAUUAAAAAACCUUUUAAAAUAGCAAAAAUGAAAAAACCAGUCAGCAACAUAAGUCCAUGCCACGUGAGCAAUGUGGUAAUUAGUUAAUAUUAAGCUUCUAUCGACAUAAGCGAUGUAAACAAGCGUAAUUAGAAAUAAGAGAAAUUGGUAGAAAAAGCGGCAAGAAUUCAAUAAAAGCAAAAAUCAAAUCAGAUGAAAAUGCAAAUGAAAAUAUUAAUUGAAAUCAAACAUGUUGAUAUACACACGUAAAUCGAAACAAACAAAAAAAGUGGAGGAAGGACAACAAAUGCAAUUUGAGCCGCCGUUGGUAGAAAUGUGUAAUGAAAAUAAAUAACCCUGAGCUGGGGGAAAAUUGAAAAUGAGAUUUAACAGAAAUCAAAAACAUUAAA